AUGAAUUCCUCUUUGUUAGUUAGAUCAACUAGAAUUUUAGUAAGUAGAAGAAUUAGCUCUUCUAGCAUAUUAUUUCCUCGUUAUUUUGCUACCAAUGUAGUGAAUAAGAAUGUAAAUGAUGAAUUGAAAAAACCUUUAAGAAUCGAAAGAGAAUUACCAGAUCCAACCAAGGAUAAGUAUAAACAAAGAAUUGGCUUUGCUGCUUUUGUGAUUGCUGUUGGGUCAUCUUUAGCUUUAAUUUUCAAUUAUGAAAAGACUGAAUCACCAAUUGUUGUAAAUACAUUAUACUAUUUACGUAGGUCUCCACGUACAAGGGAAUUAUUAGGUGAUAAUAUAGAAUUCGAUGGUAUCAUCCCUUGGGUUUAUGGUGAAUUAAAUCAAGUUGCUGGUAACGUUAAUAUUAAAUUUCAUAUUAAAGGUAGUAAUAACGUAUCGGGUACUGUUAAACUUAUUGCUGAUAGAAAAAACCGUGAGGAAGAGUUCUUAAUCCAUCAAUGGACUUUGACUGUAGGUGAUAAACAAAUUGAUUUGUUAUCUGAAGAGCAAUAG